UCACAGAUCAGAAAAAUAAAAAAUCGGAAGUUCGGGACUGAAUCACAACUAUUAGCCUAAUUGUUUUGAUUAAUUGUUUUGAUUGCUGGUGUCCAAUUCAUUAAGAACUGUAUUAUGGCAGUGUUGUGUUAAAUUGUGGUAAUAAUAAUAUGUGUGUUGUUUCGUAUACGAACUCGCAAGUACUUCUGUUAGGAAUUCCUAAAUAGACCUUUGAUGUCGGGGCCGUGUAUAAAAAUAACAUCGGGCUGUAGUGACCGGUCGCGCGGCGGCGCCUAAUUCCGCCUGCGCCUCACAAUCAUGGCUUCUAAGUCUAAGAUAGUGAUGCAUUUAUCUUUGCUUGUGCUAGGCAUACAUGGAACAACCAUGAGAUCUCUAGCAGCCCCGCCUUCAGAUGAAAACCUGCCGCCUCGGCCAAAAGAAGGUGGCAUUGAAACCAAAUACUGUGAAGUCUACAGUGACUCUAAGCUGAAUAACUCUUCAGCAAAUGCCACCAGUACACCCUCACCUGUUCAGAGAGAGGAGUGCCAGCCCAUCGAGACGGACAAAAGCAACCACUGCUUCACCCUGUGGCUGUUCGAUGAAGCCAACAACACGGCCACAGUUAAAGUGAAAGGAUGUUUCCUGGACACAGUGUCGUGCACAGACAGAGCUUCCAGCUGCAGGCUGCACAGCUCCAAGCUGCCUCUCCUCCACUGCUGCUGCGAGGGGGACAUGUGUAACGCAAACGCUACAUUCCCUGGCUUGGCUAUUGCCUCUCAGACAGAGUAUCCUCCUGAGAAAGUCCCAGCUACGCCGUUACCCACCCCAGAAGAUGACACCACAGCUGUUAUUGCAUAUACACUGACACCUUUAUUUCUACUAUUUGCAGUUUUAGUUGGAUGUUACUUGUUAUACAGAAAACGUAAAGGCAGUUCUUUUGCUGAAUUGGGAAGCGGAGAGGCGUCACUUUCUAGACCCCCAUCUGCUGGUGGCGGCAUGGAAAAUGAGUCUGCAGGAUUGCUCGCCCAGAUAACACUGUGUGAGGUGCGUGCCAGGGGAAGGUACGGCGCAGUGUGGAGAGCUAAACUCGGGCAGAAAGAUGUGGCCGUCAAAGUGUUCCCAUUACAAGACAAGCAGUCGUGGCUGGCGGAGCAGGAGAUAUACCGCCUGCCACGCAUGGACCACCCCAACAUUCUGCAUUACAUCGGAGUUGAUAAGAAGGGAGAUAACCUACAGGCCGAGUACUGGCUCAUCACAGCUUAUCAUGAAAAGGGUUCCCUGUGCGACUACCUGAAGGGGCACACGCUGAGCUGGGCGCAGGCGUGGCGCGUGGCGGCCAGCGUGGCGCGCGGCCUGGCGCACCUGCACGAGGAGGGCGGGGGGAAGCCCGCCAUCGCACACCGGGACUUCAAGUCCAAGAACGUGCUGCUGAAGGCGGACCUCACAGCUUGUGUCGCUGACUUUGGGUUAGCGCUGGUGUUCGUGGCGGGCGUCGGCUGCGGCGACGCGCACGGGCAGGUGGGCACGCGACGCUACAUGGCGCCCGAGGUGCUGGACGGCGCCAUCAACUUCACCAAGGACGCCUUCCUGCGGAUAGACAUGUACGCCUGCGCGCUCGUGCUGUGGGAGAUCGCCUCCAGGUGCGAGGAGGGCGGCCUGGAGCCGCUGGCGCCGUACCGCCUGCCGCUGGAGGAGGAGGUGGGCGCGCACCCCGGCCUGGAGGAGAUGCAGGAGGCGGUGGUGCAGCGCAAGCUGCGGCCGCAGCUGCCGGCGGCGUGGCGCGAGCACGCGGGGCUGGCCGUGCUGUGCGACACCAUGGAGGAGUGCUGGGACCACGACGCAGAGGCGCGCCUGUCGGCGUCGUGCGUGCUGGAGCGCGUGGCGGGCCACUGCGCGCCGCCCGACGCCGCGCUGGCGCCGCUGCUGCCGCCCGCCGCCUGCUGACCGCCGCCGCCGCCGGCCGAGCUGCUGCCGCUCAUCGUGCUGUGACGCGCCGUGCCACGCCAAUACUGUCGAAACUCUUUAUAACGAAUCUUAAGGGACUGAGCAUUUUUUUUGUUAUUAAUAGUUUUGGUGUAUGAAAAAGUAACCAAAUUUCCCUGAUUACGAUUUCUAAUUUUACAACUCUCAUUAGCCUGUUGGCUGUAUUAUUGUUCUGUUAACUAAAUUUUUUACUACAAUAUUUGAUUUGUAUUUUCUGUAAAGUAUUUUAUGCUCGACUUGGAAUGUGAUGGAACUUUUAGACAGCACCAAAAUUUAAUGUUAUUCAAGAGCAACGGCACACGAGUUAAAGGCAAUUAAUGAUAACAAAAGGAAAGACAUUUGCGUACUACCGCAAGAUCUGUUUGUCAAAAACUUUGACACCAAAGGUUUGGUCGGAACCUUUGAUCGAAUGUAAAACAUUUACAUUAUUAAAUACUUCUGUAAAUAUUUUCUGGUUAAAUAUGGACGUAUUUCUUCGUGAUAGAGUGUGGCUGUUGUGCCAUAGCGAAUGUAUUAAUGAAUAAUAAAUUAAGAGGUUUUCAUGUAAGGAGCUCCAAAUUUAUUUUUUCGAAAAUAAAAUAUAAAAUGUAAGUGCAACAUUUAGGAGUAACGCUUAGGUUCCGAAAUAUGUCUGUAGACACUUUAA